UUCCAACCCUGUUCUUUCAUCGCCGUUUUCAAAUAAAAACAAACCCAGAAAAAAAAAAAAAACAAUCCAUUCAACAUGGCGGAUACACAACCAUCGGACUGCCAGGAAAACGCCGGCGAGGUGUCCAUACCGGUGGCUCCAGUCGAUGCCGUCGGACCGAAACGCCAGAGACGACCCAGCGUUCGAUUGGGCGACAUCGGUGGCGACUUACCGCAUGAUACUCAUACUCGGAGACAGUCCUCUUCUGCCUCCGCUUCCAUCCCCAAGCAAUGGAAACACCAUUCUUUAAACCCCUCAGCCGCCGCCGCGAGUGGUAAAUCCUCCAAGAAUCGGGCCGUAACCAAUCUCAGCACCGAGUUCAACACCAAGAACCAAACCCUAGAUGACGCAAGAGAACCUAACAACAACAACGACGACGACACAAACAAUUCGGAUGGCGUGGCAAUCGGUGGCUGGAGAGUCAAAGAUUCCAUGAAACGGUGCUCCGCCGCUGCCAAACGGGUCCGCUCCAAUUGGGUUUCGAACAGCAAUGUAGAAUGCGAGGACAAACGCAGUGGCAGUGAAGAUACCGCCGAUUUCGACAGGGAGAACAGCGAAAGCCCCUUGAGAGAGCAGAGUCAUCAUGGGAAUAAUCAAAGAAGGCCGAUUGGAACUAGGGUUUCGGAUGCAAGCAUCAGACGGCACGAGGAAGAUGAUGGGAUUAGAAUAUGGUUAGAAAGUUUGGGUCUUGGCCGAUACGCCCCUGUUUUCGAGAUCAAUGAAGUAGAUGAGGAGAUUCUGCCAUCGUUGACACUGGAAGAUUUGAAGGACAUGGGAAUCAAUGCAGUUGGUUCAAGAAGGAAACUCUUUAGCGCAAUCCAGAGGCUCGGUAAAGGCUUCUCAUAAUCUUUUUCUUCAUUGUUACAGCCUCAUAGGACUUCUUGAAACCAGAAUUUUAAUUUUGUCAGCCAUGGCAAUGGCUAUGUAAGAAUUUGAACCCUUAUUAGCUGUUUAUCCUCUUCUUGAUGUAGUUAAAGUAGGGGAAUUUGUAGAAUCUUGUUGUGCAAUUUUUUGUGUGCAAUAUGCUUCUGGUAAGCUAACAAUUGUUGCAAACUGUAAUGGAAAACAUGGAGAUAU